CAGAUGAAUGAGGGUUGUUGCAUCCUGAACCUUUUUAGGAGCGAAAUCCUUGUUUUGGAAAGAUGAUUCAUCUCGGUCUGUUUGUGGCUAUUCUACUUAUUCAAUCUUGUAGUUUGGACUCGGUUAAACCUCAACAAUAUUAUCCCAUUGAAAACUAUAAACUAAAUCUUUUCCAAGGUGAUAUUCUGCUCGGAAAUGGAACUUUUGAUAUGGAUAGGUUCGCCGUCCCGCAUAAAGCAUUAAGAUGGCCGGAUGGAACAGUGCCUUAUAUUCUAGAUGAUAUAUAUUCUGACAGCGAGAAAGAAUUGAUUCGAUCCGCAAUGGAUGAAUUCGAAAAACAAACUUGCAUCAAAUGGGUCGAACGAACCGAUGAAGAUUCAUACGUAGAAAUAUUCAAUGAUGUGGGGUGCUAUUCAGAUAUUGGAAGAACUAGCGGCAGACGAUCAUUGUCUUUGGAGUCUCCCAUCUGCAUGAGAAAAGGCACAAUCAUGCACGAACUGAUGCAUGCUUUAGGAUUCUUGCACGAGCAUUCUCGUGCCGAUAGAGACGAUUACGUGGAUGUUGUUUGGGAUAAUAUAGUAGAUGGCAGACAGUCGAACUUCGAAAAAUACCGUCCGUCAGAGAUUGAUACGAUGGGUCUCGAUUACGACUACCGAUCCGUGAUGCACUACGAACCUUACAUGUAUGCUGCAGACAGAAACCAUCCGACACUGAAGCCUUCGGAUCAUCAGGUGCCUCUGAAUCAACUCGGCCACGGACAAGCCGAGGGAGUUUUCACAGAUCUGGAUAUAGAGAAAAUAAAAACCUUCUAUGAAUGCUAAUGUGACACAGACCGAAAUAUUUUUUUUUAUUUCCAUUAAAGUUGUAAAUAAUGAAAUGUACAAUUAAAAGUCAUUAUUCUGGA